GACGAACACAUCAUUAUGAUUUCGGCGGUCACCGGCACCGCACGUUACCCACAGUGCGAACAAAAGAUAACCGUUCGCUAAGUUUCGUGUUCGACAGUGUAAUUCAAUAGGCUAAAUAUAUCGUGAUAAACGAAAGUGAAUUAAUUGUUGUAUUAUAGUGUAGGUGAAACAGUAAAUAAACAUGAAGUUUUUACUUUUAACAUCGGUGUUGAUCGCGAUAUCUUUACGCAUCUUCUACAACUACCUCACUAGUGUGCCAGAACGACCGAAGAUAGAUCCGCAAAGAUGGUGGGGAAGUGGCUCGAAACCAGCGAAGGAAGACGAGUCAAUAAGGCCCUUCAAAAUUGAUUUCAAUGACACGAUGAUCCAAGAUUUGAAGCAAAGAUUAAUCAACAGACGGAGGUUCACAAAACCUUUAGAGGGAAUACAAUCCGAAUACGGAAUGAACACGGAUUACUUAAAUAAGGUUCUGACGUAUUGGGUCGAGAAAUACGACUUCAAAAAGAGAGCUGAGCUGUUGAAUAAAUUCCCUCAUUACAAAACGAGGAUACAGGGAUUAGAUUUACAUUACAUAAGAGUAACGCCGAAAGUUAACAAGAACAUAAAAGUGCUGCCUCUCCUCAUGUUGCACGGAUGGCCCAGUUCUUCGAAAGAAUUCGUUAAAGUAAUUCCAACAUUAACGACUCCGCAAGACGGUUAUGAUUUCGUUUUCGAAGUAAUUGCUGCAGACCUGCCUGGAUUCGGCUUUUCAGAGGGCACAAACAAACCAGGUCUAAACCCAGUUCAAAUUGGUGUUAUGAUGAGAAACUUGAUGCUGCGUUUGGGUUUCAAACAAUUCUACGUCCAAGCUGGAGAUUGGGGCUCCCAGUGUUCCACUCACAUGGUAACUCUGUUCCCCGAAAACGUCUUAGGGUACCAUAUUAAUAUGGCGGGAUCGAUCAGAAGAAUAAGUAUCGUAAAGCUACUCUUAGGAUCCCUGUUCCCAACUUGGAUUGAUUCAGAUCACCCAGAAAGAGUAUAUCCACUGACAAAAUAUUUCACCUAUGUCUUGAGAGAAAGUGGAUACUUCCACCUGCAAUUCACAAAACCUGAUACAAUCGGCGUUGCACUUACAGACUCUCCAGCCGGUUUAGCAGGAUAUCUUAUGGAAAAAAUGGCCAUAGUGAGUAAUAGAGAUCAAAUGGACACCCCACACGGUGGUUUGGAAAGCUUGGAUCUGGACGAUGUGUUGGAUACUAUAACUAUUAUUUGGGUGAACGAGUGUAUUGUCACGUCUACCCGGCUGUACUCAGAAGGCUUCCGUUGGGCGGAGGAUUACGCACUCCAAGAUACUCCGACAGAGGUGCCAACUGCCGCCGUCAAGUUUCUACAUGAAGUAGUCUACCACCCAGAUUGGAUACUGAGGGAUAAGUUUGUCAAUUUAGUUCGAUCCAAAUCUUACGAUAUUGGUGGACAUUUUGCUGCCUUACACACGCCUAAAGAAUUCGCUGAAGAUCUCUUUGCUGCAGGCGCCGCGUUCCUUAAUUUCCACAGUCAAAAGAAAUAAGACUUAUAUUUUUUAGAUUCUUUAAUUUUUUAUAACUGAUGUGUAAAAUAUACCGGAUUAAUUAUGUGAUAAACUUGCCUGCCCACUUUUGUACCAUAUUUUUAAACUGGAAAUAGUUACCUAUUAUUGAUAUCAAAAUAAAAUAAAUAUUACCUCAGUAAUACAUACCGUAAUUCAAUAAUUUUAAAUUUUGCCUUUUUAGCAUUUGUUUGCACAGUGUGUUCGUUAUACGCUAAUUAUAAACAAGUAAAGAAAAGUGUGUAUGGAAACUACUAUACUAUGUAUAAUUACGUGUGAAUUCAUUACAUUUCUUUUUAUAAUAGGGUUGACGAUAUUUUUUCAAUGUCCAUCAGAUAAUUUAAUGAAUAAUAUUGGAUUCUUAUUUCUUCUUUUCAAUUAAAUCAACUAUCGAUGAAUGGAACUUGUGCGUGACGUCACGUAUGUGCAAAUUUCUAGUCCUUGGCAAUUUUUAUUUGCUCAUACAACGGCAAAAUACGUAUCCAAUUUUUUUCAUUAUCUAUCUAAUGGGCUAAAACCAGUUUUACUUGAUACCUAGCCGUCAUCCCUUUUACUUGCAACUGUGAUCUUUGUAUUGUUGUACAUUAAAAUUUAGUUUGUGAUAAAGUACAUAAUUGAAGUUAAGUAACAAACAAGUGUAAAGGAUAAAUUGUUUGAGUUGCGUAUUAUUGACAAAUCGCAAACCAAGUAUGAAUUUAAGUUUUAAAAUUUCCGUAUGAAUGUAUUUAUUAAAAUGUAUAUGAAAACAUUGAUCAAAUCCAGAUUUUGUAAUACGAGUAUAGCUAGCCGUUUACAUUUAUAUUUCAAAUGUAAACUUGUUCUUUUUAUACUAAUAAAUUGACAUGGCUAUGUUUACGUCAGUCAAUAGUUGUAAAAUACACGGUGCACGAAAAAGAUACUUAAUUAAUAAAUAAUAAACAUUUAAUAGAAAA